AUGGCUUCGCUGAAGAAUCUCCACGAGCCCAAUACAAAUUUGGGCAAUGCGCUACACACUAACUUUGACGUUGACUAUGUAAUAGAUUAUCGCUUCGCAACAACGAGCAAGUCCCAAGCUGUAGCUCAGUUUACCAAGCUUAUCGAAGCUCUCAGUGAUGCUGGCCUGGCCACUGAGGUCCGAAAUGGAGAUAAUGGUGCGGUGCUUGUGUUUGUCAAAGCCGCCUCGGAAACCCGUCUAAGAGCAGAGGUAUAUCGAAGCCGAGUGCAAGACUGGCUCUAUGGAGUGCGAAGCGCAGCCCCCGAGAAAGACAUGCGUAAGAGUUUGGACGAGGAACCUAUGACGGAAGCCGAACGUCUGAGAAUCGUACACCUGUUGAUUACGAAACCAAAAGCCGAGCGAGGCGCGGGCAUUACGCCCAAGAGCGGGGAAUGGGAGAAUGUGGAAUCCAUAUUUGCGCUUCACGAUCACAAGUUCAACAAGGAAUGGAUCAAGGAUUUGGGUUCAAAAUACCUUCUCAACUCGGAGGAUUUGACCAAAAUCAGAGAUAGAUUUGGUGAAAAGAUUGCUUUCUAUUUUGCGUUCUUACAAUCCUACUUCCUGUUCCUGACCUUUCCGGCUGGGUUUGGAUUCUGCUCAUGGGUUAUUCUCGGUCAAUAUUCACCUUGGUAUGCAAUUAUCAACGGCCUAUGGUGCAUAUUCUUCGUGGAAUACUGGAAGAAGCAGGAAACCGAUCUAGCUGUGGAAUGGGGAGUUCGUGGGGUAUCUCGGAUCCAGCACAAGCGCCCUAAUUUCCGACAUGAAAGGGUGAUAAAAGACCCCGUCACUGGAGAGGAAAUCAAAUUCUACCCUGCAACGAAGAGGUUGACUCGACAGCUGCUUCAAGUUCCUUUCGCAAUUUUUGCAUCACUCGUGCUUGGCAGCUUAAUUGCUCUUUGCUUCUCUAUUGAGGUCUUUAUCUCGGAAGUAUAUGAUGGCCCGUUCAAGUCGUACCUGGUCUUCUUGCCUACUGUUCUUCUCACACUUAUUAUGCCCAUAUCAUCGACGCUUCUUACUGGAUUUGCUUCUAAGCUCACUGAUUUUGAAAACUACGAGACUACCGAUGCACAUGAGGCUGCUAUGGUCUCCAAGAUUUUCGUCCUGAAUUUCAUUACUUCGUAUCUCCCUAUCUUCCUAACUGCAUUUGUCUACGUCCCUUUCGCACAAAUCAUCGUCCCCUACCUGGACGUCUUGCAGGUUACUGUGAGGCCAUUUGCGGAGGAUGAGAAGCAAAUGACAGCUCCAAAAUCCGAGUUCCAAAUCAAUCCAGAUAGGCUAAAGAAGCAAAUAAUUUACUUCACUGUCACUGCACAGAUAGUUAAUUUCGGGAUGGAAAUUGCUGUCCCAUAUUUAUCCCGUCGGUUUUCCCGCAAAGUCAAGGAGAUCAAGGCGGACCGAACAACGAAUAAUGGCGCUAGCGGAGACGCAGCAGAUGACCAUCCCGAGGAGGCCGCAUUCCUAGCCAGAGUGAGGAAUGAGGCGGAACUCAGCGUAUACGAUGUUACAACUGACUUGAGAGAGAUGGUUGUCCAAUUUGGAUAUCUGUCAUUGUUUUCGGUCAUCUGGCCAUUGACAGCUGUAUCUUUCUUGAUCAACAAUUGGAUCGAACUAAGGGGCGAUGCGUUAAAGAUUGCUGUGCAGACCCAACGCCCAGUCCCUUGGAGGGCAGAUUCUAUUGGCCCCUGGCUCAACGCUCUUGGUUUUCUAUCAUGGCUUGGUAGUCUGACUACAGCAGCCAUAGUUUACCUUUUCAGCGGCGACGGUCUUGGCCCUGAUGGGAACCCGCGUGAUAUCAAAGGUUGGGGCCUUCUCUUGACAAUCUUCUUCUCGGAACACAUAUAUCUCGGCGUACAACUUGGAGUGAGGACAGCCCUCGGCAAAAUCGACAGUCCGGGAUUGCAAAGAGAGAGAGCUGAACGCUUCACAAUUCGAAGGCAAUAUCUUCAAGACUCCCUGGGACAGGAAGCGGCUGAGGAGGAAAAAGCGGCGGAGGGGGUAACCCUCGCAAAGCAAACUAUUGGCAGAAACAUUCUUGAGGAGGAGGCCAGGCAAUCCACGCUUCAAGGUCAUGGAACACCCGAGGAGAGGUUCUGGAAACGCCAGCAAGGCCCAUCGGAGACCAUAGCUAUUGGAAAGAUGUAUAUUGAAAAGGCGGCAUCAGCAGCAACAGAGGCGAAAGAGAGUAAAAAGGAACUUUAA